UCUUUUUUCCAACUGCCUUUUUAUCAUCGGGGCAAAUGAGUUUGGGACAAGCUAGUCGGCUAAUUGAAACGCCCUUUUCCCCCACAUCGUGCGGAUUAAUCUUUUGUUUUUCGUACUGGUGUUUUUACUCAUUUGUUCUGUGAUAAGACGCUAACAUAGACGUUUUUUGGGUUUUUUUGUUAAAGCAGGUAGUUGUUCACAGGACACGUUUCAUCACCAGUUCCUCCUACCAGGUGAGCGAGGUGAACAAUAGUGCAGUAAGGUGUGUCGUAAAUGAAUUUACGAAGGAAACCCGUUGUUGAAAAUCUACCAACAUUAAAAUAAACAAGAAAAAGAAGAUGUCCCAGAUGUAGCCUGUUCAUUUCACAGCUUGCAGCCAUGUCCAUGGAGUAUACCAUUGAUAUCCAGCUGACAGAGUUAGGUUUCCCGGACAUACUGCAGCCACAGGAGGCAGAGUCAACUUGUCACACCACAUUAUCUGAUGAUGAUUCACUCUCAAGUCACUCCUCCACUUCACUGUCCAAAACAACACAACAAAAACGAGUCCUGAGAAGCCGGCAGUCAGCUGCUGGAAAGGAAGCAAAAAGUCAACCAACCUUAAAGGCUGUAUCACCUGUGUCCGGGGUAUUAGAUCCUGGUCAUGACUUGGGGCACACAGAAGCUGAUAGAGGCAGUGUGUCCCCUGCACUGUCAGAGCCUACAGUAAGUGAGUCCACACUGCUAGGAAAUGAUCAAGAAGAGGAUGGUGAAAAAAAUGGUUCAGACACAGCACCGGAUAUUUCAAUGGAGGAGCAGCAAGAUGAAGAUGAUGACUCAGGGGACAGUGAAGUGUCAGAGGUGUAUGAUGAAGAGGAGAUUGAUGAUGAAGAGGAGGAAGAGGAAGAGCAAAACAGUGAGACUGGAGAACACCCCUGUAGCAUCUGUGACCUUGUACUUUCCUCCAAAUUCAAGCUACAGGACCACAUGAACCUUCACACAGGAGCGCGUCCAUACUGCUGUGCUGAAUGUGGGAAGCGCUUCUGUCAGAUAUACAACUACCGUGUCCAUCUACGCACGCAUGCCAAGGCCAAAGUGGAACUGCUGUCAUGUCGCAUCUGUUUGAAGGUUUUCACAUCGCAGAAAAGUCUGAAAUUCCACCUGACAAGAAAUCACUUUGAAGAUAAGUUUUAUGAAUGUGACCUGUGCAAGCGUGUGUUUACUACCCUGAAGGCAUGUGAACAUCAUGUAGAAUUACACAAAUGUAUGAUGAGUAUUGUAUGUGAAAAAUGUGGCCGCACUUUCACCACUCAGAAAGCCCUCAGACGGCACCGGAGUGGAACCAGAUGCCACAGCAGUUUUAAAUGCACUGACUGUCCGAAGACCUUUACCAAGAAGAAUGCUCUUCUAAAACACAGCUUCUCUCAUCUAGGUUUGUUGCCUUACACUUGCAUACGCUGUCGGUGCCACUUCCGUUUGGCAAAGCUGUACCGUCAACACAAGUGUAAGCCUGAGCGCAUCCACUGUGUGGCAUGUCUGAGGGAAUUUCUCAGUCAGGAGGACUUUCAGCAGCACAAAAAAGACACUGGCUGUUGGGGCAAUCAGGAGCCAAAAGGAGAUGAGAUUCGAUGUUUGGAGUGUGGACAAGGAUUUGAGACUCCUGAAGAGCUGAAGCAACAUGCCGGGGCUCACCAGAGGGUAUUGAAAUGUGCUGAAUGUGGAAAAGGAUUCCGUUCUGCCUUGUUGUUGAUGUCCCACAUGGGUGGCCAUGCUGGGCAGUCACCCUGCCUCUGUCAGAUAUGUGGACUGGGCUUCCCUCACCAACAGAACUAUGACAGCCACCUGAAGACCUGUGGGAAAACACCCCAGCCUGUGAAACGUCAGGCCUCUAAGAGUUCCUCAUCUGACACAAAAAAGACCUCAUCAUCUGGCGUGAAAAAGAGCUCCUCAUCUGAUGCAAAACAGCAUGCAAAGAAAACGGAUGUGUCUAUGCGUAACACCACCCAAACGAACACAUCAAAUCAGGCAAAUGCAGUCACUACAUCUGCUGUUGUAAACUACCCCACUGCACCAGCUCAGGAUUCCUGGAGUCCAGAUCAGGUGACAGGAGGUGUGUCUGCUGUUAACAGCUCAUCAGAUAGAUCAUGGAAGCUAACCCUUGACAAGCAGCCACCUCCUGGUAUCAAGCUUGUCUUGUUUCUCCCCGUCUGUUCAACUCAAACCAAUGGCCUGGCAAUCCCAACUGCAGUCACUCAGACGCUACAGGCCCAGCCUUCUCCUGUUUCCAGUCAUGGACACCUUGGUGGGGCACUGCUGAAUGCCCCUAUGGAUUUGGUAGCUGGAAUUAAACAGGAUGUAGAAAGCGAAGAACCUCUGGAUCUGUCUAAGAAGUGUACCUCAUCAGAGUCCGCUGUUAACGAUGCUAUCCUUCGUAACAUUAAAUGUGAGCCAGAAGAAAAUGAAGUCUCAGGAGAGACUGAAAGACAAAACAUAAAAAGCAAUACUAAAGCAAAACAUUUUGUGACUCUUAAGGAUCUUUCUUCUCAUGGUGUUGGUGCAUCCCAUGGAUUAAUAAAAGAGAUCAAGAAAGAGCCUCAGUCUCCCAGUUCAGAUUUGCAACCGUCUACAUCCUGUCAGCUGACUAACCGGAAGCCUGACAAAGAAAUAAAGAUGGAGGUUGACGUUUCACACCCUACCUGUCCUGAUACGGACUAAUAACAUGUAUUACACAUUUUCAGUUUGUGUUUUGGGGAGAAGGGGUAAGACACACUCUGCUCACAGCAUCUACUGGAAACGUUUAAAUGCUGAAAAGUCUCCCCUCCUGUUUUGCCUAAUCUGUAAAUGUAUGAAGCAAAACUGAACGGGGUGUUUUACAGUCAGGUGAUGAUAUACAGUAUAUUAAAGCCUAUAGAGUUUCUGUUGUGUCAGUACAACCCUUGUAUGACAAAUCUUUUUUUUUUCUUUUCUAUUCCAAAAGCUACAGUUAUAAGAUAUCCUUUUUUCACUGGUAUGAACAGACUUAAUGAAUGAAGCUUUUCUAGCAGUUGGUUAUGUGACUUUGGAGUCGACAAUAAUUUCUUCUUUGACAUAAACUGAACAUUCCAAGCUCUGCUGUUUGUGUAAAUUUUAUAUUUUGGAUAAAGCUUGGGCCACCAUAGGAAAGUGGUACUGUAGUAAUUGUGAAUGCUAUGCAAUAUUGUGCAGGAAUUCUUAAAGAAUUAAAACAGUCUCGAUUACUGUAUCUGUAUGUCCUGAUUUUUGUAUGUGGAAAUUAAACUUUGUAAGUCUUUAAGUUUAAUUAAAACACUGGAUUUUCCUUAUGUGCAUUUUUGUCUUUAGGUACUUGGACUUUACUACUAUGCUUAGUAUUUAUUGGAUGCAAAAAACUGUACAAAUGAACAAUAUGACAUUGAGUCACUCUGAUGUAUAUAUGCUGAAUUCUGCAGGUAUACAAGGUUUUCUAUCACUCAUUAAACAUUCAUUCUUAACAGAAGAUCAAUUUA